GGGGAAGCACCCAACGCAUCUUCUGACAACCAGACGGGAGAAGCACCCAAUGCAUCUUCUAACAACCAGACGGAGGGACAGAGUACGACCAGCGCUCCGACACAGCCGCAGAACUCGGAGGAACCGGCCGGCGCCCCUAAUGCCUCUGCCCCGGCGAGUGACGAGGACGGCGACGAGGAGUCCAACCAGUCCCUUCUCUCCUUGGGAGCACAGCGUGGCUCCGGCAACUCCGGAAGUGAAUUCGUUGCCUAUGAGACGCCUCGAGUGGAGACCGGUCUUGUUAAGUCAGCAUGCGACGAGCCGUGCGGUGGGGGCAAGCGUGUGGUGCUCAUCCCCUCGGACAAGAAGGUGUCCUUCGGUGAGGAGGAUCGUAGUUGCUCCUACACUUUCAAGGAAGACUGCAACUUGUUUGCCUGCACGCCGCUGAUGCUUCAGCCGGCCAAUGCAUGGCAGUACCCUCUGGUUGGCCAGUGGUUCAUGGUCGACGUCAGCUUCGUCAUUGAGGAGCUGUCCGAGUCUUUCACCUUCCGCGCGCCCCCGGAUUUCCUGCUGGCCGCAACAGGAAGUCACAGCGAGUGCUUCCUGGUGGAGCACAGCCUCCCCAACUUGGAAAGCUGCACCAUCUAUCCUGGGCAGGCCAGCGACCGCACAGGCCCAAUCAUGGUCUUCAACUUCAGCAAUCCCUUGGAGCCACAAAAUUCCUUCACUUGGAAGCGGGACUGGUACUACUUCCGGACCUGGGUCCAGCACCCGAAGGACUGCAGUGGUGGCGUAAAGAAUGGGCGCUGCCUUGGCCAAGUGGGAGAGCGCCAGUGGGUGCUGUCGGUCCGAGACAACCAGCCAGAGCCCCUCUGGGAACUUGUCAGAGGCUCAUACGAAAUCUUUACCAACGAGUCCUAUGCCAAAGAGGCAUUUGAGACGAACGGCGUCCUCAACCGGUCCUUCACGGAAGAUGCGGAAGAGGUGACAACGACCCUGCCCACCACCACAACCACCACGAAGAAGCCGGAAACGACGCCGAAGUCAGUGAAGCAGGAGAAGAAGAACCAAAGCACCGCACAGCAGUCCGAAGACGAGGAGGAUGAGGACGACGAGAAGAAGAGUGGACACGGCUCUCUGAUGGAAGCCACGGCGGUGAAAAAAGCGUCCACUGCCGGCACCGGGAAGAGCCUCCACAAGCACCAACAUCGCCCAACGAGGUCUGGCCAGCAACACAGCCAACAAGAAGGACACGACGUGCAGGCCCACCAUGCGAAUCACCACGCCGGGCGGCCACACAGGAAGACUGCGUGA